GGCUAGCAACCAUUUUAAAUUAUUGUCGUCUUUAGCUGCUGCCGAUUGUCAAGUUCCCGUUUCGUUUGAUAGAGAGGUUUCUAGUAAUAUAAAAGUUCUUGGUCUUCUUUACAACCCCUCUGUCGACAAGUUUUCGUUUUCCCAUAGUCCAUCUAAUAAACCCCCUACGAAAAGGAAUAUUUUGUCAGAAAUUGCCCGAAUCUUCGACCCUUUAGGCUUCCUUUCCCCGGUAACAUUUUUGGCAAAACACAUUAUGCAGCGACUUUGGAUUUCUGGCAUAGGUUGGGACGAGAUCCCGGCCAAACCAAUUUGUGACAUUUGGGUGCAGUUUAAACUGGAACUUCCGAGGUUAUCACAAAUUUCAUUACCGCGUUUUAUCUUUGCCGAAAAACUACAAAGGUGUCAACUUUUGGGAUUCUGCGAUGCUUCAGAAAAAGGCUAUGCUUGUGCAGUUUAUCUUCGAAUUGAAUUACCAAAUGACACCGUAAAAUCUUCUUUAAUUAUAGCAAAAAGUAGAGUCGCGCCUCUUAAGACGGUCAGCCUUCCACGAUUAGAAUUAUUGGGUGCUGCCUUGUUGGCAGAGUUGCUUAAAUUUAUUAUUGACCUUCUUAGCAAGCUAAUUUCUAUCAAUGAAGUGUUGGCUUUCACGGAUUCUCAAGUAGUUUUAGCGUGGUUAUCCAGCUCGCCGCACAAAUGGAAAACCUUUGUUGCAAAUCGGGUUAGCCAAGUUCAGGAAACCAUACCCACGGUACCCUGGUAUCAUAUUAGUUCUGGGGAAAACCCAGUAGAUUGCGCUAGUAGGGGUUUAACACCCAGCAACCUAAUAAAUCAUCCCUUAUGGUUUCAAGGUCCUCCUUGGAUUUUACUUCCUCGAGCUGAAUGGGAUCUUGUGCCAAUGGAUGGAUCCAAUCUGGGAAAAUCGGUGGCUCUAUCCGAACAAAAAACCUGCACAUUCGCUGUUACGCUGGAUCCUAACCCAUUAGAUUGUUUAGUAACCAAAUUUUCGUCUAUACUUAAAAUUCAACAUAUAAUUGGUUACGUACUUCGAUUUACUAGCAACACUAAGGCCAAGUCAAGAGAUCAUUGGGGUGUACUUACGGAAAUAGAAAAUCAAAAUGCUCUUCGAAUUUUAAUCAGGCAUGUCCAGAGUUGUUCUUUUUCGGAUGUCAUUUCACAACUUAGGACUCAGGCCUUAAUACCGAAACCUUUUCGCAAGUUAGCUGUUUUUCUCGAUGCAGACGGAUGCCUCAGAGUGGGCGGUCGUCUAAAGCACUCCGAUCUUUCUUUUGAUGCAAAACAUCCUUACCUUCUUCCUCGAAACCACAGAUUAACGCAUUUACUUAUUGAAAAUAUGCACCGGAAACAUUUACAUGUGGGGUUAAAUACCGUGCAUUAUCUUCUUAGACAACAAUUUUGGAUAUUAUCAGCUCGUCGAGCAAUCCAAAAGGUGUUAUCACAAUGUGUAAAAUGUUUUAGGGUAAAACCUAAAACCUUUACCCCAUUGAUGGGGGAUUUACCUUCCUUUCGAAUUUGCCAAUUAAAAUGUUUCUCUCAAGUUGCCUUAGAUUACGCAGGUCCAUUAAAAAUAACUAUGGGCAGGCACCGAGGUGCGAAGGUCAUGAAGGCUUACGUGUGCAUUUUUGUUUGUUGUACUACUAAAGCCAUCCAUAUUGAACUGGUUUCGGACUUAACAUCGGAUGCCUUCAUAGCUGCGUUUCGUCGUUUCGUUGCACGGCGCGGGAAAUGCACCAACAUUUUCAGCGACUGUGGUACAAAUUUUGUAGGAGCUAGAAACCAAUUAGAAAAAUUAUCUCAAUUCGCCUCAGAAUCUUUGCAAAUUAGAUGGCAC